AUGACUGUCUUCAUCUCGAAGAACCGCAACGCCGUCUUUGUCAACUCCUCGUCUGACGCCUCCUCAAAAAGUGGAAGACGUCAAUCGAAGGUGUCUUCGGGAUCGACAUCCUUGUCCGCUGAGAACUCGGGUAGAACCACUCUCAAGGCGGUGCCGAACAACUCGAACUAUAAAUUCCCAGAGGGACAGAUUAAGCCAUCCACUCUUCGUGCUUCUCCAAACAAGCUUCCAUUCGCUCCAACUGGAGGUGUUCAAACUGUCAAAAUCGCCAAUAGCACCAAGUCGAGAAAGGCGUUUAAGGUGAAAACCUCUGACAACUUGCUCUACCGUGUCAAUCCGGUCUUUGGAUUCGUCGAGCCUGGCCAAGACCUGUCGAUCGAUGUGCUCCGUCACAAUGGCAUCGAGAAGACUGACCAUCUUGUCGUGUUGACUUCUGACGCUCCAGCUGAGACAAAAUGUGCCAAAGGAGUCUUUGAGACUGACCCGCCGAGAGAGCUUACUGUAGUUCCUUUGGUGGCUCACUAG